GGUGAGCAGUCGCUGGUCGUCGGGGCGGCCGGCCGGCACGGCGGCUCCAGGGCCCAGCAUGCGCGGGGAACCCUGCGGUCACCAUGUACGUGGGCUAUGUGCUGGACAAGGACUCCCCCGUAUACCCAGGCCCCGCCAGGCCUGCCAGCCUCGGCUUGGGCCCUCCGGCCUACGCGACCCCCGGCCCGGCGCCCGCACCCCCGCAGUACCCCGACUUCGCGGGUUACACGCACGUGGAGCCGGCGCCCGCGCCCCCUCCGACCUGGCCCGCGCCCUUCCCUGCGCCCAAGGACGACUGGGCAGCUGCCUAUGGCCCGGGCCCCGCGGCCCCCGCCGCCAGCCCGGCCCCGCUGGCCUUUGGGCCCCCUCCGGACUUUAGCCCGGUGCCCGCGCCUCCUGGGCCUGGUCCCGGCCUCCUGGCGCAGUCCCUCGGCGGCCCGGGCGCACCGUCCUCUCCAGGAGCGCAGAGGCGGACGCCCUACGAAUGGAUGAGGCGCAGCGUGGCGAGCGCAGGCGGCAGUGGCAGCGGUAAGACUCGGACCAAGGACAAGUACCGUGUGGUCUACACAGACCACCAGCGCCUGGAACUGGAAAAGGAGUUUCACUACAGCCGGUACAUCACCAUCCGGCGCAAGUCAGAGUUGGCUGCUAAUUUGGGGCUCACAGAGCGACAGGUAAAAAUCUGGUUCCAGAACCGUCGAGCCAAGGAGCGCAAAGUGAACAAGAAGAAACAGCAGCAGCAGCAGCAGCUGCCUCCCUCACAGCUGCCCCUGCCCCUGGAUGACAACCCCACAUCAUCAGGGCCACCCCUGGCUAGUCUAUGCCCCACCAAUGCUGGUCUCCUGGGCACCCCCUCCCCAGUGCCCGUCAAGGAGGAGUUUCUACCCUAAACCCUCCCAGCUUGGGGCCCAGGGAUCUAGGGACUUGAAUGCUGGGCACCUGGCCUUGCUGAAGCCCAAGAAGCCUGUUCUGAGUUCCAGCCCUGCUGCUGACCUUUGGGGUCACUGUGGAGAGAUUGCCUACCUAGGACAAAUUGCUUGCCAGCUCCCUGCCUCCCUUGGCUGGACUGUGUGAUGCGCCUGUUGGACAAGGACCUCUUCUAGAUCCUGUGUCCUAGGCCGUAGAGUGAUGGGGGAGCCUCAGCAAGAGGUCUCAGUCACCUGGAGAUAUCGCAAGAUCCAGAGGGCUCAACAUGGUGUCAAGACAAGGCUGAGGCUCCAUCUCCUUCUCCAGGGCUCCAGAGGGAGGCAGGAGACUGCUGCGUGGACCAGACUGGUCUACACUGGUCUGUGUAGAGAGAAGGUGGUUCCCAUGGGUCUAGACUCACCUGUGGAGUGUACGGAUGAUGCCGGCCCCACCUGUUUCCUCCUACAGCCUCAUCUCCAUUCGUCCUAGCACCCUAUGUCUGUCCCUCCCCAGCCUGGAGGGACAAAGCCAUCAGAACUGGACCUGAGGUAAAGGCUGGGCAACUGGUCACUGCUCUUGACCCCUCCCUAGCACUCCAUGAAGGCCUGUGGAUGGAAGGGAAGCCUCUCAGGGUAGACUCAGACAGUCUACCACCUACCUGCUCAUGCUCACCUCCUCCCCACAGGCUGUCUGUCCAUCUCACCUCGGGAACCCCACAGACCACAGACCACAGGGAACUCACAUCUGGACAGGGCUUACAUAGAGUGGAGUCUCUGGGAAGCUCACAUCUGGACAUGGGUUACCUAGAGUGGAGUCUCUUGAAUGCAGGUUCAGGAAUAAGAUUUUCCCCUUUAAACAAUUUAUAAAAUCAUACAUAGCAUUAAAGGAAUUUUUUAAAGUUUCA